AUGGACAUUCGACUUCUCGUCGUUGCCUUCCUUGGCUGUGCGUUUAUGUCUGGCGCAUCCCGCACAGGCGUGAAAGCAGCUUUGAACCUGCACCAGGACCUGGCAUCGGCCACGCUUCGGAACAAAGCUGACGGGCUUCGGAGGUUAAGGGCCUUCAACGCGACGGGCCUCCGCAUGCUGAGGGCAGGUGUGGACUUGCCCUUGGAGGCUCCCUCCUCCUUUGUAGAGGAGGACUAUGUGUGGGAACUCCCAAGCCCGUGGAAUUCCAAGCUCAAGGUGGUCUCGAAGAUUGGUGAGGGCUCCUUCGGAAUCAUUUUGAAGUGCGAGAUGCUUUGCAAGCCUGGCACCUUUGUGACGGUGAAGUUGGUCUCCCAGAAGACGGAGAUGAUGAGAAAGGAGAUGGAGGUCUUGGACAAAAUGCGGGACAUCUCUGACCUUUGCAUCUCUUCAAUUGGUACUCCCUCCUACAUCGAGACCAACCAAGGUUUCUGGGUCAUGAUGCCGUAUAUGAACAGGGGAGAGCUCUAUGACCUCAUCCGCAAGUGUGAUGAUAAACCGGCUUGCAAGCAUUGCGGUACUGAUGGCCGACGUUGCUGGGAGAAGAUUGACCCACAGUACACCACGCCUCUCAUCCUCUCACUCUUCCAUGACGUUGUCCAUGGCGUGGACAUCUUGUACAAGAAGACAGGCCUGCUGCACACGGAUCUGAAGCCAGAGAACGCCAUGAUCAACUGCCAGGGCUUCAAAUGUUUCGCCGCCGUCAUCGACCUGGGGUGCGUUUGCAACCCGAAGGAUCCUGACGAGUGUGGCCUUCAGGGAACGCCUGGUUAUAUUCCUCCAGAAGUUUGGGAGGAGACAGACGAAACUGCUGGCAAGACAUCAGCACGAGAUGUAUGGGCGCUGGGUGUCAUACUGUACCAGCUCCUGUACGCAGAGCGUCCUCCGUUCUACGCAGAUAGCUUUGGGUUCUCCACCGGAAUGUACGAUUCCACAGAUGACCCGAACAUACCGACGCCGCGAACACGGAUUGAUGAGCUUGUCAUUCAGAUGCUCGCUCACGAUGCAGCCAAGCGGCCCAGCCUCGCCAAAAUCAUGAUGACGCUGAAGCAGGUCGUCGUCUAUGACUUCCCCGAAUCUGGUGACCUCCGUCCACUGCAGAAUCUUGCCCUGUCCCCCACAGAGCGGAAUGCCAGCAAGGGCGUUCCACUCUGUCUGUCCGACAUUCGCCCUGAGCAAGUUGGCCACAGAGGGCAUGUGGCUGAUCUCGUGGAACCGGUGGAGGAGGAUCAGUUCGAUCCAUGGAAG